AUGCCGCAGGGGGCGGGCUCUCACGCCGUACGGGGCGGAGCCCUGGGGCUCGGGGCGGGACGCGGAACAGUAGUGGGAGGGACAACGGAGCCAGUGCGAGUAGAGGGCGGAACCCAGUGGUCCAUAGCUGGAUUAGGAGGCGUGGGAGGCGGGACUUGGGGUUUAGAGGAGGAGCUGGAGCAGGUGGAAAGUGGAGCCUUGGGCUCGGAGACAGAGGGCGUGAGAUCCCAGGCUUUGGAGGUGGGACUUCAGCCAGUGAGUGGCGUGGCCCCUCUGCAGGAGACUAGGUCUAACAUUGCGGAGGGCGGAGCUGCAGGUCCGGGGGCGGAGCUGCAUGCCGUAAAGGGUGGGGCCAAGGAGCCUUGCACAGAGCUAAGCGUGAGCUAUGGCCCGGGGCGUCCACGCGGGGGCGGUCUCCGUGGUGGCCGCGCCUGGGGUCGCGGUAGACCGAGAACUCCCGCUGGAGAGGUUGUUUGGGUGGAGCGGGCUCGGCGCCCUACUGACUCUGAGCCAGUCUGGGUUCCCCGGAGGCCCCCAAGAGCUCAGAGUUGGGGAGGUGCCCCUGGUGGAGGAGGCACGGGGCCGGACUGGGGGGUGCCCCCGGAGGACCGGGGCUCCUCAGAGCCACCUAGUGGAGAUGUCUGGGUGCCUCGGGGCCGAACACCUGCAGCAGCUGCAGAUGUAUGGGUGUGCUGGACAGGGGGCAGCUGGGUGUGGCGGGAGUGGGGUCGUCCAGUCGGGACAAAUCCGGUGCAAUCAGAUAGGGUUUGGACUUUGCGUAAAGGGGCUAGCGGGAACUGAAGCACGGAGAUGGGGACU